ACUCGUCAACUUGAUUUCCAUCCCUUCAUUUCCAAGUUACAUAAUCUUUACAAACAAAAUCCAAACUCUAAAUCCUCAAUCAGAUCAAAAUGGAAUCACAAAACCCUCCUAGAAAUCAAAACCUCUAUCCAGAAAUCAUCCAAUCAAACCCAUCAUAUUCAUCUUACCCUACACCUUCAGCUCCAUCUCUGUACCCCUCUCUCGAUUACACAGAUCUACACCAAGAUCUCUUCAUCGAUCCACAUUCACAGACACCAAUCCAAUCAUCCGAAGAAAUAAUACUCAAAAUCCCUAACUCAAUCAUCCACUUAAUCGACAAACAACAGAGCAUCGAACUCGCUUCCGGCGUAUUAGAAAUAGUCCGUCUCCGUCAAGGUAACGCCGUCGUCGCCGUUCUCGCUCGAAUCGACGACUUUAUCCAAUGGCCGUUAACGAAAGACUCAGCCGCCGUGAAGUUAGACGGAUCACAUUACUUUUUCACGCUCCGUCUUCCGUCGGAUUCGGACUCGGGUUUCGGAUCGGAUAAUUUGUUAAACUACGGGCUGACAGUCACGGGGCAGGGUUUGGGGGAGGUUUUGGGGGAGUUUGAUAGGGUUUUGGAUGAGUGUAGUGCGUUUUCGGUGAAACAGGUGGAGAAGAAUGUGGUGGUGGAGAAUGGUGGUGGUAAGGUGGAGGAGAAAGCGGCUGCGGUGGGGUAUUGGACGACGUUGGCGCCGAAUGUGGAGGAGUAUAGCGGUUCGGUAGCGCGGAUGAUUGCGGCGGGGUCGGGGCAGUUGAUAAGGGGGAUAAUGUGGUGUGGGGAUGUGACUGUGGAGAGGUUGAAGUGGGGGAAUGAGGUUAUGAAGAAGAGGAGUAAACCUGGGGUCAAGGCUGAGGUUAGUCCUCAAGCUUUGAAGAGAAUGAAGAGGGUUAAGAGAUUGACAAAGAUGUCAGAGGGUAUGGCGACCGGUGUACUUUCUGGUGUUGUGAAGGUAUCUGGAGUUGUUACGGGCUCUAUUGUCAACUCGAAACCCGGCAAGAAGUUCUUCAACCUUCUCCCUGGUGAAAUAGUUCUUGCAUCUUUGGAUGGAUUCAACAAAGUAUGUGACGCCAUUGAAGUGGCCGGGAAAAACGUGAUGUCGACAACCUCAACCGUUACGACGGACUAUGUUUCACACAAGCAUGGUGAAGAUGCUGCAAAAUUGAAUCACGAAAAGAUGAGCGCAGUCGGGCAUGCGGUAGGGACUGCCUGGGCGGUUUUCAAGAUAGGAAAAGCUUUGAAUCCAAAGAGUGCAAUCAAACCUACAACUCUUGUGAAAGCCGCAGCGUCGAAAGCGUCAAAAUCCUCUAAAUCCAAAUCAUAAAACAUGUUUCUGUGUUAAAUGAUUGUGUGAAUAGUCCUUCAUUAAUUAUUUGUGCUGUGCAUGACUGGAUGCUAUAUAUGUAUGUCUUGAUACAAAAAAAAAAAAAAAAAAAAACGAACUUGUGAUUAAUGAUUUGUAAUAUCAAGAUUCAUCAUGAAGUUUCUUUACAUUA